AUGUCGAGGAUGUCUGAUUCGGUGCGUAUGCGCGAGAAUUCCUCAUCCGGGAAGGUGAUGGAGGAGCUCAUACAGGAAGUCAGCGAGCUCCUAUAUCGCCGACUGGUCACCUCUACUCUGCAGGGAGAGUUCCGUAAUAUCCUCGAGCUUCACGUGCAGCAACAACUUGCCGCAACUGGAACAGAAGGACAGAGUGUGGAGCAGUUCAUCAGAUCCAUUCGACAGCCUCAGCCUCAUCAACAUUACGACUUCUCCAGCCUUGGAAUCCCCGUCCAGGGAGAAAACAGCUGGGACAACAUUUUUGUCACCAGUAUCAGUGCCAGCGCUGUGCCUUACACACAGACCAACCUGCACCUAAGUAGAGAGAUAUCGGCUCUGAAGGCCCAACUCCUAGAGAUGAAGAACAUGAUGAAGAACAGCUUUGAUCUUCAGAUGGACAUCCAGAGGUCAAUCCGACAGGAAGUUGCUGCUGGCAUCGGAGCUGCAUCAGCCGGAACUGCAGGAAUACUUCCCACGGCAACCGCAGCCCUGUCCCGCCCUGUGAACGACACACACUGUCUGAUCUGCCUCGACAAUCACAGCGACUCUGUGCUGUACCAAUUCGGUCACAUGUGUGUUUGCUUCCCGUGCGGGCGACACCUGAUGGACCGCGGUGCCAAGUGUCCCGUAUGCCGGGCACCUAUCAGGGACAUUAUUCGCGCGUACAAGUGCAACUCGGAAUAAAUACGGUGAUUCAUGGGCCGCGAAAGUAUCAGUUGCUAUAUAAGGGGAUGUCUUAUUAUGCUGAGGCUGUGAAUAUUUCAGUUUUAUAUGCAGACACUGCUCCGUAGUUGAGAAAGUAUCUACAGAAGAAGCGAAAUGAGUUGACUCAUGCUUCAACUGUGAUGUGAAUAUUUCUUGAAUAGAACAAAGGAUUUCCUUUGGAAACACCUUAGGAGUCUACUCGUUCCCUUGAAUGAGUGCACUAAAACUCUUAAUUUUAGAUAUUUCUUGAAUAGUUUAACUGAUCUUAUCUAACUUUGUUAUUCUUUAUCUAUACAUGCUUUAAAAGCCGAACAAACCGUCAAUUUGUCACUCACACACUAUUUUGUAUG